UACAGUUUUAUUGACUAUCAGCUAGAAGAACAUAACGUCUGCUACCACUAGUGUGCAACUUAACACUACGACCACUACGACCAGUACUACUGCUGGAUCACCUACCAGUCACCACUACGACCAGUACCCCUGCAUGACCACCAGCCAGAAGCGACAUCACCACCAGGUCCACUUCUAGACUACUGACCACUUAUACCAUCGUUUCCUGUUCCAGCAUUUUCAAAUACUCUCAGCUCAUCAGUUAUGGAUAACAGGCCUAAGUGCGAAGCCUGUGAUGAAAAUUAUGACAAAGUUCAACGACGGCCGAGGUCACUGACGUGUGGCCACACAUUCUGUUCACAAUGUAUUGAAGAAUCAAUUAAAAAAGUUAUAACUUGCCCCACUUGCAAGGCAGAGCACAGAGCUACAGCUGUGACACAGUUUCCAAUCAACUGCGAAAUUGAGGCUUUGAUAAAGGAUUUUAAAGGUGCACAGCUCACCUCAGCUGAAGCUCUGUCAGCAAAGCCUUGUCAAGAUCGCACAAAAGGCAUCAGCAAGAAGUUAUGGUCUUCGGUACAGGAACACAAGAGCAGUAUCAGUAACCUUAUAACUAAGUGUGAAGAAGCACUAUCCCAGCUGGUCCAGUACCAGGGGCAGGUGAGGGACUGGAAGACCCAGCAUCACCAACUGCACGACAGACUUCAUGAACUGGUGGAGAAGAACAAGGCAGUAAUAGAGCUCCUGGAACAGGAGGAUACCCGUGUGGUGAAUAUGGCAACAGAAGGAGAAACAACAAAGAAGCAGUUGCAUACUAGGCUGGAGUGCCUCGACACAGUCAACACUGCAAAAGAAAUCGCCAUAACCAUUAGUGAAGAUAAUCAGUACAAGAUGGAGGCUGAAGAUUGGACCCAGAAGUGUCAGGAAGACUUCCCAGACGUCAGCACUGUCUACACCUCAGUGAAGGUACACUGCUAAAGGCCACUGUCAUUGUAAUGAAAGUAAUAAUUGUGCAUUAUAUAUGCUAUAGAUUUUAAAACACUUCAUCAGCAAUAUUUAAGCCUUUCUUUCUUAAAUGUUUAAAAUAGAUGUACUUUCCAAUUAGUGGUGUUUUAAAUUUUUAUCUUUUUAAAUACAGAUAUAAUUUGAUAACGUUUUAGGCUCAGAAGAAAGUUGCUAAUUAUGCAAUGCAUUUCAGGCAGACUAAUCAUAAGGCUUUCAUACUACUUAAACCUAGACCUAGUAUAUAAUAAAUAUUAUUGAGCAUCAAUACAGAUUGAUCAAUAUUUUACAAUCACAAGUAAAAUGAGACAAGCUGUAAGAGAUGAGUUGGUCAUUUAAAAAUAAAUUAUAUCAGUUGAGUGACCUGCGCUAUGGAGAGGUUGAAGUGAGGUGAUGAUAUUAAAGCUGGAGAAUGUACACAGUUAAUGGAUAUAACAUUUAUGAGAGAUCAAAUGAGUUCUUUAUAACAUUAUAAAUAAAGAUGUUAGCAGAUGGGGAACUUCUGGCAUUUUCAGGCAGUUAGCUCCGCUUUUUUUUUAAUAUUUAUAUGGAGUCUUUGAACAGGUUGAGAUGUAAAUAUGAAAUAUGACAUAUACUGGAUAC